GCAGUCUCGCUGUCCCCUCAUCCUCAUCGCUCCUGCCUCAUGGCACCAGAGGCCGUGGCCCUCAUCCUGGGUUGGUGGCUGUUGGCAGCGAGCAGAGCACAGCAACUGCCCCGACCAUCCCUGUCACUGCACCCCAGCCAGGGGGUGUCCCUGGGGGACACUGUCACCCUGCGCUGCCACCUGCCCCAGCCAGCUGCCUGGGUCGAGCUGUACCAGGAUGGACAGUUGAGAUCCAGAAAGGAAAUGGACCAGGAGCAGGACGUGGCUGAGUUCUCCUUGACUGGAAUUAAGCAGGAAGAUGCAGUGAGAUAUCAGUGCCAGUACCAGGGGUUGGAGCCUGCAGGGACAUCAGAGAGGAGUGACCCCGUGAAGCUGGUGGUGACAGAUCACAGGUAUCCCCCACCUGGCAUUUCCCUGAGCCCCAAAGAGCAUGUGGAGAUGGGAAGAAACAUCACCAUCCAGUGCUGGAACAAGAAGUAUGGGGCCUCCUUCCUCCUGCACAAGGACGGGCACUCAGCCCCUAUCCAGCACCAGGAACCCGAUGAUGAGGGCACUGCCACCUUCACCCUUUUUGGGGUGACCCCAGCUGACUCCGGCAUCUAUAGGUGCUCCUACCGCCUCGGGGGGUGCUGCCUUCUGUUCUCACCCCCUGGGGAUAAUGUGACCCUGGAAGUGAUUCCCAGACCUGCAAUCCCAGGUGACAAUGGGGGUCCCAGCAGGAACCUGGUGGCAGUAGUGGUGGGGCGCUGGGUUGCUGCCAUUGUCUUCAUCAUCAUCCUCACUGUCUCUGUCCUCCUCGUUGCCCAGAGAAGACAAAUGCAGAGAGAUGAGAGGCCUGGUGGGGAAGGGGUUAAAUGGCUUUGAUCCCCCAUAGAUCCCCUAUAGAUCCCCACUGGUGUUGUUUGGGCCCUCCAUAAUCCCAACAUUCUCCUCUCCCC